AUGCAACGCAAGCGGGCCGACGCGCUCGUGCUCGCGCUGCAGCUCGUGCUGGUGUGCAACGUCGCGAGCCGCCCGGACUCCCAGUGCCCGCCUCCGGAUGCCCUGCUCGGCUGUUCCUGCUACAACUUUGCCGACGGGCUGUUCCUCGAGUGCGCCGGCCCCAGCGAGGACUCCCUCAGAACGGCCCUGGCCCGCGUCGUCGCCCACGCCAAGUCCCACGAGACGCUCGUGCAGUCGGUGAGGGUGCACGAGCUCGACGACGGACUGGAGGAGCUCCGAGCCAGCGUCUUCCCCGCGGGCCUGCUCGUGCGCCAGCUACAAGUGUCGCACUCGUCGCUGCGCGAGGUCUCCGAGACGGCGUUCCGCAGCCUGCGGUCCAGCCUCGAGUCGUUGGCCCUGGUGUCGGGGCGCCUGGUCCAGGUGCCGCAACGCGCCCUCGCCGAACUCGAUGGUCUCGCGGCCCUGGACCUCGAGGCUAACCUCGUGCAGGAGCUCGCCUCGUACUGCUUCUACGGGCUUAAGCUGGUCAAGCUCAGUCUCAAGGCCAACCGGAUAGCCAAGGUCUCCGAGUACGCCUUCGCGGGCCUCGAGCCUUACCUGGCCGAGCUCGACCUCGCCGAGAACAGGCUCAAGCACUUUCCCAUGCCGGCACUCCGGAAACUCGAGAACCUCGACUCGCUUCGGCUGGCUUGGAAUUUUAUCUCAACGCUACCGGGUGACGGCUACUCCCGACUCGAGGGUCUCACGAGCAUCGACCUCGGCGGAAACGAAUUUUCAACUCUGUCGCUCAACUGCUUCCGCUGUUGCCCGCGACUUCGCAGUCUCUCCCUCCAUUACAACGGCCUCGAAAACGUCGACCGGGACGCGUUCAUCGGCCUGGCAGAGCUCGAGUCCCUCGAUCUUAGCCACAACAAGAUCAUCUUCCUGGACGGCAAAACUUUCCGGGCCAACCAGCGACUGCGCAACGUCGAGCUCAGCCACAACCACCUACACCACGUGGGGGCGGUCUUUGCGGGCCUGCCGGAACUACGCGAGCUCCAACUGGCCGAGAACAACGUCCUCGAGGUACCCACCGAGGCGUUCGCGGGCAGCACGAAGCUCCUGAUACUGCACCUGCAGCAGAACGCCAUUCGGAGGAUAGACGCGCGUGGCUUGGCGGGUCUCCGGGAGCUCGAGCAGCUCCACCUGACCCUCAACUACAUCGAGCGCCUGCCACCGGAACUGUUCGAGCACUGCUGCGCUAACUUGACGACCCUGGCCCUCGACAACAACCGCAUCCGUGACCUCGAGCCCGGGACUUUUGCGCGUCUCGGCCGGUUGCGGGAGCUCCGGCUCCAGGACAAUCGUCUGGCCGAGGUGUCGCGUGGGGUGUUCGCGCCCCUGCCCGGCCUCCAGGAGCUCCACCUGCAGGACAACGCCAUCACGGACGUCCAAACGGGGGCCCUGCGCUCGCUUCGCGGCCUCGAGCACAUAAACCUCCAGGGCAACCAGCUGGCCGUGCUGGGCGACGUGUUCCGGCAGGAGCAGGACAACCACCAACAACAGCUCGGGAGCUUGUUGUCCUUGCAGCUCGACGGCAAUGGGCUCGGGGUGCUGCACAACGACUCCCUUCGGGGUCAGGCCUCGCUCAAGGUCAUGUGGCUCGGGCACAACAAGCUGACGCGGCUACAGGCGCCGCUUUUCCGGGACCUGCUGCAGGUCGAGCGGCUGUACCUGACCAACAACUCGAUCUCGCGGAUCGAGGACGCGGCGUUCCGACCCAUGCAGGCCCUGAAGUUCCUCGAGUUGAGCCAGAACCGGCUCACCGAGAUCGGCGUGGCCACGUUCGCCGAGUUGAGGGAACUCGAGGAGCUCCACCUACGCGACAAUGGACUGCGGCGCAUCGCUGCUUACGCCCUCACGGCUCUCAAGCGGCUGCGCGUCCUAGAUUUGGGCGACAACUUGCUGGGCGUGCUGCACGACACGAUGUUCCAGGAGGGCCUGCCCAUACGCUCGCUCAGCUUGCGCAACUGCUCGCUCGGGACGAUCGAGCGCGGGGCCUUCAGGGGCCUCAACAAUCUCUACGAGCUCGGCCUCGAGUUCAAUCAACUUCCUGCGUUCCAACUGGAGAGGCUCGACAUCCCGGGUCUGCGCAUCCUCCGCGUCUCGCACAACAACCUCAGCCUGGUAACGGCGCAAACGUUAGCCGGGCUGCCCUCGCUGCUGCAACUCGAGGCCGAGUCAGCCCAAUUGUCGCGGCUGCCCGAGACGUUUUUGCACCGGUGCAAGAGCUUGUCGCGUUUACUGCUCGGCUCAAACUUGUUGCGCGACCUCCCGGCGCAGCUGUUGCUCGGACUGGAGGCCCUUCGCGAGUUGAAGCUGGAGGCCAACCGCUUCCAGGAGACCCCCUACGAGGCCCUCGCCGGAGCCAAAAACUUGGAGGUCCUUUCGCUGGCGCGCAACGCCAUCCGACACCUCGACGCCUCCCGGAUACGGGGCCUGCGCCAACUACGAGAGUUGGACCUCGGCCACAACCUAGUCGAGUCGAUGUCGGGGUUUGCCCUCGCCAACCUGUCGCGGCUCUUCUCCGUCGAUCUGAGCCACAACGAGCUUCACUCCCUACCGGCCAACUUUUUCACCAACUCGCCGCAGCUCAGGCGCGUCGAUCUUUCUGGCAACAAGUUCCACCAGCUGCCCGCGGCCGCGCUCUCCGGGCGCAACCUCCCCGGCCUCGCUUGGCUCAACAUGACGGCCAACCCGAUAACACGCGUUUACGGUGAUAAGCCGGUUAGCUUGCCGGUUCUCCAGGAGAUCCACCUGGAGCAGGUGAACCUGAGCAUCCUCACGAGCCAGGAGUUCGAGGCGUUCCCCGGCCUGCAGAACCUCUACCUCGGGCGCAACGGCAUAUCCCGGGUCUCCCCUGGGGCCUUCCGUAGCUUGCCCAACCUCCUGACCCUCCACCUCGGCGGCAACGGCCUGGACAUCCUGCCCCAGGAGCGGCUACGGGGCCUCGAGCACCUCCGCAUCCUCAACUUGACCCGCAACCGGCUAAAGGAGCUCGAGGAGUUCCCGGAGGACCUCAAGGCCCUCCAGAUGCUCGACCUGUCCUUCAACCAGAUCGGGGCCGUUGGCAAGCUCACCUUCAAGAACCUCGUCAAUUUGGUCGAGCUCCACCUAUACGGCAAUUGGAUAUCGGCCGUGUCCGGUGAGGCGUUCCGGCCACUCAAGAAGCUACGGCUCCUCGACCUCAGCAGGAACUACCUCGAGAACCUGCCCCUCAACGCCUUCCGGCCCCUCGAGACGCAGAUUCGGAGUUUGCGCGCCGAAGAGAAUCCCCUGAACUGCGGCUGCGAGUCCCAGGAGUUGUGGCAGUGGCUGCGGGACCACCAAAAAUUGAUAGGCCCCGGUCCGAGGCGAGGCCAAAUCCAGGGCAACACCGAGGCCAGUGCCCUGAGGUGCGAGCAACCCCCCGAGCUCCGAGGCCUCGUAUUCCUCGACCUCGAGCCUAGCGCCUUCUGCACUGCUCCUCUGAUAGCCAAACUCGUUGUCCAGGACGUCCAGCCCUUCUCCGUCCUCGUCUCUUGGCAAAGCCGCAACCACUCGGGCCUCCACGGCUACCAGGUCGCCUUCUACGCCCUCGACGCGCCGCAAGAGGUGCACAGUCACGUGCUCGAGCCGAGCUCGCGUUCCGUGCGGCUGGGCAGGCUCCAGCCGAACACGCGCUACCGGCUGUGCGUUUUGGGUCUGGACGGCCGGGAGGGCAAGCAACACCGGGACGCCGAGUCAAGGUGCACCGACGUCAUCACCCUCGCGUUGCCGGACGCCGUGGCCAGUAGCGACGGCUCCUCCCUUCAAGGCGGCGAUCGCAGCCAGUUGCAGGAAAGCACCUCCGCUAACAGUGUACUCACGCGCCGGCUCGGCCUCAUAGUCGGCUGCUGCAUGGGCUUUGUCGUCUUUCUCCUCCUCGUCUCCGUAUUGGGCUACCUCAAGGUGAAGAAGCAGCGCGAGGCAGCCAAGAGGGAUCAACAGGCCAUGCCGACCGAGUACAUAUCGUACCGGCACUUUAGCAUACAGAGCGGCGAGGCGGGCCACAAGCAACACCAUCUCCAGCAACAGCUCCAAGCCGCGCCGAGUCUCGAUAGCCAGACCCAACAGCACCAACCGCCAAGCUUCAUCAAGAGCAGCUGUCCCGGUGCUACGCCCAGCUUAUAACACACGAGCUACGUGUAAGGGAGCACUGCACAUACGCACAACAUCGCACUCACUCCGUUGCGGCUCGAUUUUGCGUCGGAGCCUGGCCAUCCUCGAAUACCCCAUGCGUAUAUACAUACGGUGUGUUUUUAUAUUGUCCACGUGACAUUUAGUUUUAUUGUCCGUAACACCUUCACUGCCUAUAAACUAUACACCAUUGUUUUACAAACGUUUGUGCAUACCUAUACUUAACGAAAUUCCCGUCAAUUUUACACAUUGACUCAAGUACGCCUUGCCGUUGACUCGUACUACUUGCCUGAUGAGAUUAGAGGGCGACAAAAACAAUUAGCAUCAGAUGAACCGGGCCAAAAGUAAAAAACAAAAAAACAAAAAAACAACGGGCGCAAACUCGCUUCGCGUGACUUUAUACGACUGAUUGAUCGCUCCCUUGCAUCGUAGCUCUACAUAAUUUGAAUUUGAAACUGAGAUGUAUAGAUUUUUAAUAUGUCGCCGCCGUCGUGUACAUAUUCAUACACGACAACCGGAAACGAAACAACAGUGCCACAAUAAGCAUGUUUAUAAAUAUAAUUAUAUAAUGUAAGUACUUGUACCUCAUUUUGUGUGCCUCUGUGUGUAUGUGUGUGUGUGUGUGUGUGUGACCAUGUGAACGAGUGACCGCGAGUGACAGACUUGGAAUUUUACAAACGCGUUCAACGCCAAGUAAUCAAGUAUACCUAUACACUCGCGUAUCACAGUUGUGUAGAUAUAAAUAUGUAGCCAAACGUGAAGUCUUUAUAAAUAUAUAUUAUGCGUAUGUACACUUAUUGCGAAUCAUCGUAAAUAAAAAGAAAGUAUAAGCAAUGAAACACAGUAUUAAGCAUCGAGAGAUGAAGAAAACCAGAAACGAUGACCAAAGGACCACCACGAUUUAGAGGGGGAUGUUCUAAAGUCUUAGUAAUUUUACACGCACCAAAACGUAGUUUGUGCAAGUAUACAUAUUAUAUAUGUACGUGGGGUAAGUACUUACACGUAAACUUAUCAGGCAUUGUUCGUCAAGCGAUGCCCGUCCAUACACAUACACAUAUAUAUAUAUAUAUAUAUACACAGAUGCGCCGACAAACAGCAAAGGGGCGGGUUGGCAACGCUAAAGGGCCAAAUAGGGCUAAUCCCAUUGGCUGCGUGGGCCACAGUACAUAUGCAUAAUAGAUUGAAACGAACGAAUGCGUGUGCGAGCGUGUACGUAUUUAGAACUGGGUGAAUUGGCGUUCUGUGUUUAUAUUGUGUUACCCUAUAGCAAUGGCUACGAUUAACCCUGUGAGACUGUAUUUCCCUUAUCUGCUCUCUUCGUCUGUAUUUCCCUUUUUCGCGCAGAGGCGGGAUCGCACUUUAUUCACGCAUUAUAGGUAUACAUGCGUAUAGUGGCAAGUAACCAAACUAGCGUCUCGGGCAGUAUAUAUGUAUAUAUAGACGGGGGCAAUUCGUUCGCCGAAAAGGCGGGGCCGCAAGCUGCGUCGUUAGCCCGAAAUUCCGGCGUGAGGAAUCUUUGUGCGACGAAAAAAAAAAAAAAAAAAAAAAAAACAAC